GCGACUAUAUAUUGUCAUGCACGAAUGGUAUUCCGACCAGUUUGUUUUGAAUUUAAAAUAAUUCUAUAUUAUCAUGUCUCGUGUCACGACAAUUCUUUUUGUCCUCGCAAUUUGCGUAGCAAUUGUCAUCUGCUCACCUUAUUGCGGACCAAAUCAGAUUAGUGUCAGAUGUAAAAACACCUGUCCAGUAACUUGCAAAACUUAUCCCAAUCGUACAAAAAUCUGUCCUCAUAUUUGCGUAGCAGGAUGUGAUUGCAUUGAAGGAUAUGUAUUAGACACUGAUAAUAAUAUGUGCGUCUCACCCGAUGAUUGUUAAUUUUUGAGGAUAAUAAUAAAUGUUCAUGAAAUAUUUCGUAUAAACGUUUAAUUAGGCUGAUAUGAUUAGCCUGAAAUAAUAUAGAUUUACGUUUAAAAUAAAAAAAAAAACAAUGUCAAUAUUUUUAUUCUAACAUGGACCGUUCUUGUGACAUUUUGGGUUGUUCAAAUUUCACUUU